GACGCAGCCUGUGCUCACAGGCGGAGUUCAUAAUCGUUCAUUUUUGGCAGAGGAGCGGGUUUCACAAGCGAUGAACGAUCCAUCGGCUGGCUAUCCACACGGGGCCCACAGGAUCCGUCAGGAACAUCUGGACACCCCUGGACCUCCUGGGACCGACGGAACUACGUGCAGAAGCUCCGCUGUAAGCCUUACGCUUCCAAGAAUUUUCACUACGUCCAGUACUGAAGUGCCCCAGAGUACAACGACCGUCCCAGGUCCUGCCAUCAAGCCGGCUGGUGGUGGCGAAGUGCCGAGGAUAACGAUCCCAGCUCGUCCCGUGUCUUUUGCUGAAGUGCACGUCGAGAAUACGGUCCCAGUUAGUCCCACGAACUCGAUGGCGGAGUACCAGAACUUGAGUCCCAGUCGGGAGGGCUCCACUUGCCAGAGAAUUGCCGCUGCAGCUCUGCCCAGUCCAGCCCAUCAGACGCUAAGUAAUGAGGUGGUGGCGCACGAGAAAGAGAGCAGAGUCUCACCGCUUAGUAGUCAAGGCGAGAGGAGAAUGCCAACCCAGAACAUUAACGUCACCACUCUGGGCCUUGCCAAUCGAGAGCUGCUCAGUAAUGUGCCGUCGGCGGUGACGUCCGAGAGCAUAUUACUGUCAUCUCUGGCCAUCAACUCAAACUUCAAUUCUAACCUGUUCAGUCCCUCUGCGGGACAACAUGGCAGCGGCGUGGAGAGGACGAGUAUGGUGGCUAUGGUGCCGUCCCCUCAAGGUGACCGGUUUCGUGGGAGUGGUGGUGGCGGUGGCGGUGGUGGCAGUGGUGGUGGUGGUAGUUGUGCUGUUGUCAUCCCCAGGAGUGCACUGGGUCGAUCGGUCAACCUUGGCGAUCUAUACAAUAUCGGCACGGACAAGUUCUGCCAUGAGACGGGAGGGUGCAUCCGUCUCUUCACGACGGACAGCAUGGGCCAAUCGUCCAGGGCGUGUCCAUCCAUCCAUGUGCAACACGUGUUCGACGACUCCUUAAGGACGCGCUUUGAAGCCCAGCGCGUCAACCCUGCACACAAGCUCAGCAUUCUUGGUGGGUUGUCGUGUGCUCAGGGAUCUGCGGGCCACUUUCUAGAGAUGAGAGACGCGGUAGGGGCGGCGGAGAAGGACACAAUCAAGGCUACACUCUUCUGCCACGUCAUCGCGAGCGAACAACACUUGCAGCUGUCCUCCUUCUCUUCCCCUUCGUCAUCCCAGUACCUGUCCCGCGAGGUCGAGUCCAUCCUUGCCAGGAGCUCGAACUGGGCCACUCGUGCAACGCACUUUGUCAGCGGUAUUGUGCGUGGAGCGACCGUGGUAGCAUCCAUCAAGGGCCGGGCACAAGGCGGCCGCUGUGGGAGAAGUGAUCUUCAAGUUAGCCUCGGCAAACGGCUGGCGGCAAUCCAGACAGCUCUGAGCAAUGCGGCAUCAAGCAGUUCCUCGCCAACCAGCAGCCAAGGCUGGUCUCUGGGAGCGGGAGGGGGAGGAGGUCACUCAUGUCAUCUAGGCGUACUAAGUGGUGUCGGGGGGGGAGGCCAGAGUGUUGCUAGUCCUCUCAGUGGUGGUCCAGCAGAGCAGAACAAGGGGUGGGGGAAGGAGGACGUCGACGAGAGAGCAUUCAGUGUCAGGAUCUUCGCCGACUUCCUCGGAAAAGCAGGAUCGGGAGAGAGCAGUCAAACCCUGCAAGAGCUGGAAGAGGCCCUGCAGUGUGUGUCCCGCCUUCAAGGAGAAAAUCAAGGACAGGCCGUGCCCGUCCUCUUUUACCUGUUUCCUCUGGUCGACCUGCUGCGCUCUGCAUACAACUAUAAUGUCAUGCCUCUCCAUCUCCAACCAGCAGCCCAAGAUGACCCGUCGUUGGUGCUGCUGCACCCCGAUGAGGACACCAUAGCCAGAACAGAGCGGCACUUCCAGGAGCUUUAUGACCUUGCGGCUGAUGUCGACAUCCUCGAUUACGAGUUGCAAGAAGCAAUCAAGGCUCACGGCAACGCCGUAGUUUCCGAGCACAUCACAUGCGUGGAUUCGCUGAGGAGAAAUCUGAUGGCUGCGAUGCAGGAACUGCGUGCACGGGUGAGUGAUAUGACAGUAACCGUACGCUUCUCCCAGGGACGGCAAGACUCGAGUGCGCUAACGUACGUGCUGGAUGACAUUCAGCAGCAGUGGGCCCCCCAUGUGCAUCGAGAUGUCGUUGUGAGACUGUCCGCUCGCAUCAAGAACAGGGUGUCUUUCCUGAACGAUCUUAAGCACGCUGGCAUCAACUUUGCCUCUGGGGACUACGAAAAUGAGAGCGCAAUCAUCGACGCCAUCCUUUCUGAACAUGGUGAAGGUCGUGUGUACAUCCUUGUGAGCUAUGUUGAAGAAGCGGCGCAUGAUGAGAUCUGGCGAAAGAACCUGGAGCUGCUGAAGAAGCUUGUGAUUGAUCAUACUGGGGGAAGUCCCCACCUUCAGAACAAAGCAGAAGGAAAAGGACGAGGCAGGGAUGAAGAGCAGCACAAAGCUCCUCCUACAUCCUCCCACCCCAUCGCUCCUUCCUUCUUCUUCCUGGAACUAACUGCAAGUGUCGAUUCAAGCAAUGAUCCUCCUGAAGAUAAUCUUCCCAGCUCGGUAAUCAGAUUGUAUCACAACCGUCGACUCGUGCAGGAUGAUGUCGCUGAGCAUAUGGAUAAAGUGGCUGCCUUGUGCCUUGUGAGAUAUAGCGAAGUGGAGCGUAUCGGCGCUGCGGGAACGAGCAGGGAGGGUGGUCCUCAUAAGACUGCACCGCUUCGGAUUCAAUGUCCUGGCACGGUAUACAGCCGAUGCGGAACGGAGGUCAAAGAUUGGCAUUGCGAGAAGUGUGUGACACAGGUGGAGUACGGUUGGGACAGCUACGUGUACUGCGAUUGCGGGCGGGCACAGUUGGAGUCCAUUGCAUACCUCUGUCGUCAUGCCCAGCAUAGGGACGGGCAGUUCAUGAGGUACGGUCCAACGGAUGACCUCACCACAGAGCUGAACAAGCUCCAGAUGAAGCAGGAGAUAAAUAUCCUGCUCCUCGGAGAGACGGGCGUUGGGAAGUCCACCUUCAUUAAUGCCUUUGCGAACUAUUUGACAUUUGAGGAGAUGCACCACGUCAAGGAUGACCUGAUGGCGCUUAUACCCUCGCAGUUCACUGUGUGCCAGCUGGGCGACUACACAGGCGUCAAGGUGUGCAUCGGCACGAAGGACGACGACAACGAGGAGGUGGGUGCAGGUAAGUCCUCCACGCAGUCGUGUAAAUCCUACCUGUUCGACUACGGCAAGUACAAAGUUCGCCUGAUUGACACUCCGGGAAUCGGCGAUACUCGCGGGAUUGAGCAGGACAAGAAGAACUUCGACAAUAUCCUGCGGUUCCUAGGUCACCACACGCUCAUCCACGGCAUCUGUAUCCUUCUCAAGCCGAACAGCGCUCGUCUGAACGUUCUUUUCCGCUUCUGCAUCAUGGAGCUGCUCUGCCAUCUCCACAAGAGCGCAAAGGACAACAUCGUGUUCGUGUUCACGAACGCGCGAUCGACUUUCUAUCGACCAGGAGACACCAUGCCCCCGCUCAUGGAGAUGCUGAAGAAGGUCCGUGAUGCGCCUCCUCACGUGCGGAUCGAGGUCAGCGAGAGCACCAUCUACUGCCUCGACAACGAGUCCUUCCGUUUCCUGGCCGCUGCUAAACAGGGUGUGAAGUUCAGCGACGAGCAGACUGCAGACUUUGCAAGGAGCUGGGAAAUCUCUGUCAAUGAGUGCCGGCGGCUCAUGAACUAUGUCAUUGGCCGCAAUCCACACAAAGUGCAAGAUACCGUCUCCGUCAACGAGGCCCGCCGUCUCAUUCUUCGCCUGGCCAGGCCUCUGGGCGACAUAAGCCGCCUCAUCCAGCUGAACAAACAAAUGAUGGAAGAGAAGAUGAAUGAAGACCUGUCCUCAACCAACCACAUCUCAGAGUUGCGCCAGCAGCUCUUCGUACCAGCCGUCGAUUUGGAGUACCGAAAGCUUGACCAUCCACACACUGUGUGUGCAGCAAAUGCGCACCGUGACAUUGUCAUGGUUGCUGGGGUCGCCAAGUACGACUACAAGACAAGAUGCCACACACCUUGCUACUUGACCAACGUGGAUGUCGAGACGACCAACAACCCGGCCCUUAGGCGCUGCGCUGCAAUGGGAUCUGGCGGCAAUUGCAAUAGCUGCGGGUGUAGCUGGACCGUGCACAUGCACGUACUGACGGAGACGAAGCUGAUCAAGAUCGAGCAAAGAGAUGCCAGCAUUCAAGAGAGGAUCAAGACGGUGGAAGAUGCGAAAGAAGAGCAUCAAAGAAACAUCCAGCAGAUGAAGGAGAGGUCCAAGAAGUUGGAUGAAGAACAGAAGGCCAUAUCCAAGACACUUGCGCGAUUUGCCGUCUUCCUCAAGUGCAAUGCCAUAACUCCCUACAACGACUCCACGCUUGGCUACCUGAACCAUCUGAUAGACGAGGAGAUGAAUCUGAGGGCAGCAGGAGCGAAAAAUGCAGAAAUUCUCAAUGGGUUGAUCAAGAUGAAAGCCAGCUAUGAGGAGGAAGUAAAGAUCUUGACUACUGCCAUGCUUGAUAGGAGUGCCGUCGUCGAUUCGUCCGUGUUCAUAUCGGCAGAGGAGAUCCAGAACAAUAUACAGCAGCUGUUUGCGCUGGAGAUCAACGGUCCGAAGAUCAAACAGGCUAUGGAAGAAUUGCAGAAGGCACACGCUGAGUACUUCGCCUACAAGGAGACGGUAGUCCGGACAUCGUCGCGAGGGCCCUGGUUCCUAGGGAAUUCUGCAUCUCGGCGUCGAAACCACCAAAGGACGCCUAACAAAGCACCCGCCGCUCGGCAAAGUCAAAGUCAAAGGCAAAGGCAUAGCUUAGAAUACCAGGGCCAGCGUCAACAGGGUGCCUACAUGCAAGGUGGAGUGCGCAGCAGAGCUGCUGACAGUUCUUUCUGCUACCAGCAAGCGGGCCACCACAUCCCCAGGGGCAGGAAUACACAAGAUCCCGACUCCCACGGAUGGGGAGGUAAUGGAUAUGGUGGUGGACCAGAAAGCGAUGACUAUGCCAGGAAGCACUGGCAUUAUGUACAUGACGACUACCAUGUCACACAAAGGCGCGGUCACGAACAUUACAUGCAGAACGAGUUUUCCGCACAAGUGGCUGGGAAUAGACACUUUAUGACCGAUGCUUCAGGGGGACCCAAUGAUUUCAGGCAUGGGGGGGUUACGCUUGCUGGCUUUUCUGCAAAAAGGAGAGGAGGAGAGAAGAUGCCAAUGCAAAGCUUUAGCUUGCAAACACCGGCAAGUCCAAUGUCGCCGGGAGGCGGGCCUGGAAGACGCAGGGACACGGAUCCAGAUGAUCGGGGUCAAUCGCAGCCUCCCAGUUUCCUUGGAUCUUUUUGGCCUUUUGGCGCGUUCAGACAGUAAACAAUUAUACACCCUAAAGCAAAGCAAACAAGGGUAACAAAAGAAAAGACAGCCC